UGGCACGAUUGUCGUUAUCCGACCACGUAGCUCAUUAACUCGCAGGCUAAGCAAAAAGGACGUUUUUUAGAGUCUAAAAUUUACAAAAUGAGCUUUUACUUCGUUUAUUUGGAUAAAGAUAUCGUUAGUUGGGCAUGUUUUCUGAAUAAUAUGCUCCGUUCAGGCCAUUCUACCCCAAGGCUCUCGAUUUCCGGCCAGCUCGCUCUUGAUUUCAUAUACAGUAUAACCCAUAUCAACAAUACGAAACUCUAUCCAUCACCGUCAAUAUUCGUGGGCGUUCUUCUUCAAAAUUUUGCCUGGGGCGCUUCCAUAUUUGGAAGUCACAAGUCUAGUACAUCAGAGCUUUGUCCCCCUGGAGCUCUCAUAUUUGGAGGUCAUAAGUCUCGUACGUCACAGCUGUGCCCGCCUGGAGCUGCCUUUUCCGCCUUGCGCUGUUGUUAUCUCGUGCAGACGAGACAAGAAGCAAGUGGCCAACGCGGAGUUGGAAGUUUGAACUAAGGAUAGCUUGCAGUCGAAGCUGCAAGUUUGAAAGGAGUGAGAGUGGCCCCAAACGCAUUCUACAUGCGGUUUUAAGCCCGAUGUGACGUGACAAUGAGUCCCCCAUGAUAGAUAGUCCGGUUCCUAUUAACUUGCACAGUUGACCGUAGAAAUAAGUCAAAAGCCACGGACGCCACAGAUAAAUUAAACAGCCAAGAUGGCCAUGAACAAAUGGGCAGUUGCUGUUCUUGGUGUUAUUAUCCUAGUUGUUUGCAUUUCAUUGAUUGUUUUUCGUCCCGUUUGUGAAACGAAGGUGGAUCAUUUAUCAAAACACUUGAGUGAUUCUAUAAAAGAACUUCCACACACUAACAGUUUAACCACAGAAUUCAUUAAACGUCUAGGAACAGGGAACGUAGACUCCCUCAAUGAAGACCUUUUAGAACACUUAAGAGGGAAAUGGAUUCUUCCUCCUUCCAAGCUGCCCUAUAAUCUUUCCAACCCAAAGGCAACAUACUGGGAUCAAAUGGGGCAGUCAAAAUUGGUAGACAAGAUUCUGAAGCAACGCCGCAAAGGAUUUUUCGUGGAAUCAGGAGCAUAUAAUGGAGAGGCUCAUUCCAAUUCUCUCUUCUUUGAGAUUUCACGAGACUGGGAAGGAUUGCUUGUGGAGCCAAACCCGUGGUCCUUUGAAGUUCUUUUGAACAAAAACAGGAAAACUUACGCUGUUAAUACGUGCUUAGCAACGGGCCGCAGUCCCGCAAUGGUUGAUUUUACGUUUGCUCAGGAGAUAGGAGGAAUACCAAAACACAGCCAUGUAAUUCCUAAAAGGGAACAAAACUUGAUAGAAGGAAAAAGUCGCAUACAGUGUUUUCCAAUUCGUUCUCUCCUGGCCGCCGUCGGCCGGACUCACGUGGAUUACUUUACCUUGGACGUAGAGGGUGCUGAGAUAGAAAUCCUUAAAUCGUUUCCAUGGGAACACGUCACAGUUGACGUAUGGACUAUAGAGUACGCAGUUCACGAUGGAGGUCCUGAUACGCCAAAACGUGAGAAAGCAAUCAGGGAGAUCUUCAAAAAUACAGGACUCUACAGGAAAGGUACCAUUCUAGGAGGCCAAGAUAUAGUGUUUGUUAGAAAGGACGUGCCACAAUGAAACAGCAAUCAUGAUUAUGUAUAUGUUACAAAUGGAACUGUAUUUCUAAAUUUCCACGUGUAUUUCUAAAUUUCCACAAUAAGAAUGAUAGAAAAAUGUUGCUUUUGGUCCGUGCAUACAUAGUGAUGUAGUUGUACAAGCAGCAGCUGUACAUGUGUUCAGAAGUCUUUCGGUUAUGCACGUAAAACUGAAUUUGACUGGCACUUUAUGAGUAACUAUCAAAGUUAAAAGGUCUACAAACCGUGGUGUAUUUGGAGGAAAACUGCACUUUCCACGUAUAUUCAAUAGUAAAUCGUAUAUGCGCGCAUAUAAGGCGUAUAAAUCCAUUGAACUCGAGGAUGACACACAAGGUGCCAUUGAAGCAAAUGUCGGUCAGUUUGCUGUGACAGGCAACGAUAAUGUAGAACAGUUGAUGUACCAGUAUCAGUGUGACAUUUCUCCGUUUGGUAAGAGAGUGACGGUCUAGUGUAAGCACAUACAAAGUUGCAGUUUUUAUGAAAUUUAAAGUUCUUUUGUGGGCUUACCCUUUGUCAGUGUGGUACCGGUAGGCCUAUCUUCCAUGCAUAUAUCAAGGUUUGGAAUAGUAAAGCUUA